AUGAUCGCCCCUCGGAGACUAGGCAUCCUUGCCGUUCGAGCCAUACCCAAUGCUAAGCGGCCUCUGCACUCCUCGGCUGUGCUAUUAAGAGUUGGGCCUAAACGGACUCCCCCCACCAAUCGGUUCAAUUCUCGACCUGUCUCUCCAUCUCGAGUCCGAGCUCCGCUUAAACAUGCCUUGCCACUUGCGAGACCUGGCAAACCACGUACGGCUGAGCAAGUGCGCGUGGGGCUUUUACGAGACGUCGAAGCGUGGUGUCUCCGUUUCGCACCAACCCAUAUCGCAUCUCUUGGAAUUCCCGAACACCUGGCCAAACAAUGGCUCAAGCUCUUUCCGCUCGUGGUUAAAGACGAGCUCGAAGCUCUCGGGGAAGACCAACAACCAGGUUCUAGUGAUAAUGCAUACAAAUGGGACCUCGAGUCUAUCGCAACAGACAUGCUCGACGACGCCCAAUUCGGUACUUCUCGAGCAUACAUGACCCGUUUCGUCGACUUUGCACUCUCCCGUCUUGCCUCCCAACAGCAGCAAGAGCCGCCAUCAUCGUCAUCCGAAAUCGACCAACUGUCAGCAUCCCUCGAGGCACUCCGACAAGCAACAGACCUACGACACAUGAUUGAAUGGUACCCCCUCGCACGCUCCAUGAGACGCAAAAUCAUCAUGCACGUCGGCCCCACCAACUCUGGAAAAACCUACAACGCCCUGCAAGCCCUCGCGGGAGCCGAGUCAGGCGUAUACGCCGGACCUCUACGUUUGCUCGCGCACGAAGUCUGGACGCGGAUCAACAGAGGGAGCAUCGCUCCUAAAUCCGAAACCGUCGACUUGGACGACGCGGCGCCCACGUGGUCGUCACCGAAUCCCAAGACCCAGACUCCGGUGCCGUCCCUAUCCCCGUCCCCGCCCCUCCUCCUGCUCCUCCUAAAGUCUACGCCGGCCGGCCCUGCAAUCUGA